GUGCACAGUAUUGAGUGGCAGCUGCCCAAAACAUACAAUCGAAAUAAACAUAUUUUUAUAUAUGCGACAAACCUCACUUAUAAUUGGUGGACGUUCUUCCUUCUGGCAUCAAUCUAAUCUCGCUGACAAGAAUGGAAGAAAACAACGAUGGAUACUUUUUCGAAGGUGUUGAGAAAUUAUUGGAGGUGUGGUUUGCCGAAAGUUCAGCCGGAACGGGUGAUCUUCGCAACAUAAGCCGUCUGGAUUGGGAGAAUCUGCUGUGCCACGUCAAAUGCGAGAUAAUCAGUUUUACCAAAAACGACCUAAUCGAUGCAUUCCUGCUUAGCGAAAGCAGCAUGUUCGUCUCCCGUAGGAGAUGGAUACUUAAAACAUGCGGCACAACGACGCCUUUAAAGUGCCUAGAUCAGCUAUUGCAACUGGCAAGAGAGCAAGGAUAUACCGUUGUAACCGAUAUAUAUUAUUCACGUAAGAACUUUACCAAACCGGAAGUACAGAACGCACCACAUCGUGGAUUCUACGAGGAAGUGUAUUAUCUAGAUACUUUAUUUCCCGAGGGGCGAUCUUAUUGCCUUGGAUCCAUUAAUCAGGAAUGCUGGUAUCUUUAUACAUUUAGCAAGCCCGAACUGAAAGCCUUGCCAGAUGUUAUAGCUGAGGAAGCUAUUAUUAAGGAUACUACCGAACCAGAUCAAACUAUAGAAAUACUUAUGCAAAAUCUAGAUCAGGACGUUAUGAGUUGCUUUAGCAAAAGUAAAUUUACCAACGGACGGGAGGCAGCCAUAGCGACGGGUAUACAACAUAUAUUGCCCGAUAUGCUCAUUGAUGACUUCUUGUUUGAUCCAUGUGGCUACUCCAUGAAUGGCAUCAACGAGCGAGGCGAAUACAUGACUAUACAUAUAACGCCUGAGGAAAAAUUUUCCUACGUAAGCUUCGAGAGCAAUGUAGACCUUGCCAACUAUACGAAACUUAUCAAUCACGUUAUCAAGACAUUUAAGCCCGGAAAAUUCCUUGUCACCAUAUUUGCCAACAAGUCAUCGCUGGCCUAUGAGACUAUGAAGGAACUAGAAAGCGAAUAUUCAACAUUAUCCAAUUGGCAACGCAACGAUAUGCAAUGCUGCAAUUUUCCAUUAUACAAUCUAUUGUUCGCACAAUACUCAAGAAAGUUGGAUAGCAGCUCUACAUAAGUUAAAAUAUUCAUUCAAAAAUAAGUAACUAAAUUAAACGUUUGAUGUGACCUACUUUCAGUUAUGAUAACAUACUAAGCAAGAAAACAAAUAAAUAUAAUAUACUAUAUACUAUAUACCAUAUACUGUAUUAUCAGAUCAAUUAUCAACAAAAAGGCAUUGGCUUGGCACAAAGAAAUAAGGAAACAGCUGAAGCGCUGCAAAUGAAUGUGACACAUGAAAGUAAACCAAGAAAAAUAAUCAAAAUGCGCACAUAAAGAAAGUAUGCGUGUAAAUUGCAAAUAUAAUGAAGGAAAUUCGCACAAAAGCUAAAGUAAAGUUGAAGAUUCUGAAUAAAGAGAAAUUUAUAUACAGCGCAUGUAUUCAGAUUAUCACUUUAACAACGGUUCGCAUGUAUCAAAAGAUUUGCACUAGCAAACAAGGCGAGCAGUUUACAUAACACAUAUUAAAUUGCCCUAUUGGUUAGCGCUAGAUUAUAAUAUACCACAAAUAGCUCUAGUAAGUAACUAAAUAGCCUUGAGGUUAACACUUGUUGCCGUUUGACUCUUGCCAAUUACACAACGCAUAAACGUAACUAAUAUCACAAGAGCUACCUUAUCAAAUUGAAGCUUAAAAUAGCAUUGCAUAAAAACAAACAAACCAAAUUUGUUUAGUAAUAACUUACUCAUACAAACAAUAAAAAAUAACGUAGAGAAGAAUUUAUGCUAGCGACUUUUAUCGAAUGUUUUAGUAGCUUCUCAGAAAAUUGGGUAAUUUCUGGAUAAU